AUGGCUUCCCAGGUAUCGUUUGAUAAAGUGAAGGGCCGUGAUGCCAAAGUUGUGUUGGCCAACAACUUGAAGAUUGCGCUGGCUAUUGAGCUAGCCAAGGGCUUGAAGCUGAGCAUCAAUGAGGACAGAAGCGAACCCUUGCUGACGGCUGGCGAGUUGGUUUUGCGUGAUGCCAAUGCUAUACUAAGAUACGCGCUUGAUGACUUUGAAGGCAUCCACUCUGAACAAUACCACUAUGCAUUGUCCUCUGUGGAGGCUUACCUUUACCACCAACAAAGCAGUGAGGAGCACGCCACCGAGUUGGUGAACAAGAUGAUCGACAACUAUUUGAAGCUGGACAAGGACUCCAAGCUGGACGCGGUUACCUUGAUCUCCUUUGCGAACGCUUAUGCUCUGAGACCAACUCAGAUUAAUGACGCUUUCAAGGAUGAUCUACCAGAGGCACUAAAGAAGGCUAUUCAAACCGCCACAAAGUACACUCCACGUUCUUCUUCCGAGUUCAAGAACACUGGUGAAAAGCACAUUGCAGAAGGCUACUUAGUUAGUAAGCAAGGCUCUGAGAUUUUGCCAAAAGAAGGUGAAAGAAACAUUCUUAUCACCUCAGCUCUUCCUUAUGUUAACAACGUUCCUCACUUGGGUAACAUUGUUGGGAGUGUGUUGUCUGCAGAUAUCUUUGCCCGUUACUGUAAAUCUAGAAACUACAACACCCUUUUCAUCUGUGGUACCGACGAAUACGGUACCGCUACCGAGACUAAAGCCAUCGAAGAAGGUGUUUCUCCACGUGAACUUUGUGACAAAUAUCACAAGAUCCACAGCGACGUUUACAAAUGGUUCCAAAUUGGAUUCGACUACUUCGGUAGAACUACAACUGAACAGCAGACCGAAAUUGCUCAAGAUAUCUUCUUGAAGCUAGAUAAAAAUGGUUACUUAGGUGAAGAAUCUAUGAAACAACUAUACUGUCCAGUACACAAUUCUUUCUUGGCUGAUAGAUACGUUGAAGGUGAAUGUCCAAAGUGUCACUACGAAGAUGCCAGAGGUGAUCAAUGUGAUAAGUGUGGUGGUUUGCUUGAUCCAUUUGAAUUGAUCAACCCACGUUGUAAAUUGGAUAAUGCAAUUCCAGAACCAAAGACUUCUGAUCACAUUUUCUUGGCUUUGGACAAGCUAGAACCAGAGAUCAAGAAAUGGGUUGAAAAAGCAUCUACUGAAGGAGAGUGGUCAAAGAACUCGAAGACUAUUACAAAUUCUUGGUUAAAGGAUGGUUUGAAACCACGUUGUAUCACAAGAGAUUUAGUCUGGGGUACUCCAGUCCCAUUAGAAAAGUACAAGGAUAAAGUGUUGUAUGUUUGGUUUGAUGCCACUAUUGGUUACGUUUCCAUUACAGCUAAUUACACAAAGAACUGGGAACAAUGGUGGAAGAAGCCUGAAGAUGUUAAACUUUACCAAUUUAUGGGUAAAGAUAAUGUUCCUUUCCAUACUGUUGUUUUCCCAGGUUCUCAACUUGGUACCAACGAUGAAUGGACUAUGUUGCAUCACUUGAACACCACUGAAUACCUACAGUACGAGGGCGGUAAGUUCUCUAAGAGUAGAGGUGUCGGUGUUUUCGGUAACAAUGCUCAAGAUUCUGGUAUUUCCCCAAGUGUUUGGAGAUACUAUCUGGCAUCUGUUAGACCAGAAUCGAGUGACUCCCAUUUCUCCUGGGAUGACUUUGUUGCUAGAAACAACAGUGAACUGCUUGCUAACUUAGGUAACUUUGUGAACCGUAUCAUAAAGUUUGUUAAUGCCAAGUAUAACGGUGUGAUUCCAAAGUUUGAUACUAAAAACUUACCAAACUACGAUUCUCUAGUCUCUGACAUUAAUGAAAUUUUGAGAAAUUACGUAAAGGAAAUGGAAACUGCCCACGAAAGACGUGGUCUAGAGAUUGCUAUGUCUCUAAGUGCUCGUGGUAACCAAUUCUUACAAGAAAAUAAGUUAGAUAACAGUCUGUUCUCUCAACACCCAGAAAAAUCUGAUGCUGUUGUUGGCGUCGGAUUGAACAUCGUAUACGCAGUUGCCUCUCUAAUUUAUCCAUUUAUGCCAGAAACAGCUGAAACUAUCAACAGAAUGCUAAAUGCUCCUGCUUUGAAAAUUGAUGAAGAAUUCCACAUCGCUCUUCUAGGCGGCCAUAACAUCAACAAGGCCGAAUAUCUAUUCCAAAGAAUCGAUGAGAAGAAGAUUGACGAAUGGAGAGCUAAGUAUGGUGGCCAAGAUAAAUAG